GAACACGGCUGGCAACAGCAACGGCAGCAGCAGCAGCAGCAACAGAAGUAGCAACAGCUGUUGUUGCUGCUAAUUCAACUGGCAUGGAGCUAGAGUUACCAGUGGAUCCAAAUGAGCCCACAUACUGUUUCUGCAACCAAGUCAGCUUUGGUGAGAUGGUGGCAUGUGAUAACCCUGAUUGCAAGAUAGAAUGGUUUCAUUUUGGAUGUGUUGGUCUUAAAGAACAACCAAAAGGAAAAUGGUAUUGUUCAGACUGUGCUGCUGCAAAAAAUCGCCGCAAAAGCAGAUGAUGCUGAAUUUUUAUUUAUACAACCUUGAUGUCGAAGUUUAUAUUUUGCAAUGACUCUGGUAUGAUGUCAACUUUUAUCAUAUCGUUGUGUGUUAUUUCAUGUUUUAGGAACUUCUAUGGGUAUAUUUAAGAUGCGUUAGUAUUUCAAUUGUAUACUUGUAUGACUUAUUUAAAAGAAUUUUGCAGGAAGAUUAGGAGACUCUUUCAGUACAUAAAAUUAUAUUUCUUCC